CGAUUGCAGCUGGUGCCACCGCUGGGGGGGAAGGGAGAGGAAAGGGGGGACCCCACCCCUUUCUGCCCCCCCUUUCCCAGCAGCCUUUGCAGCUGGCUGCAAGCAGAGGAGACAGGAGCAGCAUUUGCAGGCAAAAGGAGAAACCCAGGGCGCUCUCCAUGUCGGCGCACCUGGCCCUGGUGGACUGGCUGGACGAAGGCUUCUCCAGCAUCAUCGAGCUGGGGGCGGUGAGCGAGCCGCGCCGGGACCCCACCCACUACCGGCCGGGCCAAGAGGUGGAGGCCCGGUGCCCCCUCUUCAAGGGGCUGAACCGCGCCCGCAUCCUGGCCCUCAGCGGGGACAGGCAGGAGUUGAAGUGGAUCCAGGUCCGGGCCGGGGACUGUCCCAGGAGGAGCUGGGGGGCUGGGAUGCUGCGGGGCCCCCCCCACCGCUGGGUGGCGACAUGGAGACAGGACAGAGUGCCCCCCGAGAGAAGGAAACACAGCACAGGAGGCAACGCCGAUGACGUCACCACCUCGGUGCUCGACCCUGAAGGGACCCAAGUGUCUGAGGAAGAGGGCUGGGCGACCCCCCAGAGCACCUCAUCUUCGGAAACCUGGCAAUCCUCCUCCCCCGACCGCCCCCACGUGGACAGCUCUGGCUGCGGGGUUCCUUGCUCCCCUGGCCCUGCGGACCCAGGCAUCCGGGCGGGGCUCACCGAGCCCUGCACCAGGCCUGAGUGCGAGAGGAUGCGGCAAGAGCUGGAGGCGCUGAGGGACCGAUACGCCAAGGUGGAGGCUCAGAACGCUGUGCUGGCCCAGAAACUCGGGGGCGAUGUGGAGCCGCCCAGGGAGACAGAGAGUGAGUCCGUGCGGCCGGAGCCUGGGCUCUAUGAGGACCCUGCACUACCUCGGAAAUAUGGGAUGCAGGAGCUGGUGCCGGGAGGGGGCGUGUUCCUCUACCCCGCCCAGCUGGCCCUGGCCCGCUCCAGCGCCCGCAGCCAGACGGCCCUGGCCCGGCUCCUGCUCGACGUCUUCUUCUCCCGCCAGGAGCAGGCACGGAGCAACCUGUCCGGGGAGAACGGGCUGCGCCGCCUCAGCCCCCCCGUCGUCAGCGCCAUCGUGGCCUAUGCUGUGGGUCAGUCCCAGUUCCAGCCUAGCAGUGCUGCCGUCAUCAAGAACUCGCUGCGCAACAAGCUGGGCUGCCUGAGAGCCCCAUCCCGCCAGCAGGGGACCACCAGGGGGCGCCCUGCAGCCUGAGAGCCCUGUCCCACCACCAGGGGGCGCCCUGCAGCCUGAGAGCCCUGUCCCACCAACAGGGGGCGCCCCAUGGCCUGAGAGCCCUGUCCCACCAGCAGGGGGCCACCGGGGGCGCCCUGCAGCCUGAGAGCCCCAUCUCACCACCAGGGGGCGCCCCAUGGCCUGAGAGCCCCGUCGCACCAGCAGGGGGCCACCAGGGGGCACCCUGCGGUCUGAGAGGCCCGUCCUGCCAGCACGGGGCCACCAGGGGGCACCCUGUGGCCUGAGAGCCCCAUCCUGCCAGCACGGGGCCACCAGGGGGCACCCUGCAGUCUGAGAGCCCCGUCCCGCCAGCACGGGGCCACCAGGGGUAACCCUGCAGUCUGAGAGCCCCAUCCCACCAACAGGGGGUGCCCUGCGGCCUGAGAGCACCGUCCCGCCAGCAGGGGACCACCAGGGGGCGCCCUGCAGCCUGAGAACCCCAUCCCACCAACAGGGGGCACCCUGUGGCCUGAGAGCCCUGUCCCACCACCAGGGGGCGCCCUGCAGCCUGAGAGCCCCAUCCCACCAGCAGGGGGUGUCCUGCGGCCUGAGAGCCCCGUCCUGCGAGCAGGGGACCACCAGGGGGUGCCCUGCAGCCUGAGAGCCCCAUCCCACCAGCAGGGGGCGCCCCAUGGCCUGAGAGCCCCGUCACACCAGCAGAGGGCCACCAAGGGGCACCCUGCGGCCUGAGAGCCCCGUCCUGCCAGCACGGGGCCACCAGGGGGAACCCUGCAGUCUGAGAGCCCCAUCCCACCAAAAGGGGGCGCCCUGCGGCCUGAGAGCCCCAUCCUGCGGGCAGGGGGCCACCGGGGGGUGCCCCAUUGUCUGACAGCCCAUCCUGUGAGCAGGGGGCCAGCAAGGGGUGUCCUGUAGGCUGAAAGCCCCAUCCUGCCACCAGGGGGUGCCCUGCAGCUGAGAGCCCUGUCCCACUAGCAGGGGCCUAGCAGGGGAUGCCCCACAGCCUGAGAGCCUAUCCCCCUAGCAGGGGGGCAGCAGGGGAACCCCGUGGCCUGAGAGCCCAUCCCUCCAGCAGGGGGGCAGCAGGGGAACCCCGUGGCCUGAGGACCACGGCCUGACACCCCCUCCCGCAUCCCCCCAGCAGGGGAACCCCGUGGCCUGAGAGCCUGUCCCACCAGCAGGGAGGCCGCAGGGGACGCCCCAUGGCCUGAGAGCCCAUCCCCCCAGCAGGGGGACAGCAAGGUACCCUGUGGGCUGAGGGCCCGUCCCGCCAGCAGGGGGCCAUGCCACAGCCUGACCCCCCCCCCCCGGUAUCCCCCCAGCAGGGGAGCCCCGAGAGCUGUGAAUGGGGAGUGGUUCUGAUCUUGUUUUCUAGUCACCAGGCUCAAUACAGAAGGUUUUUUGGCCCCUCUGCGUCCCCGGCUCUUUGUCUGUGGGUGGGACGCAGGACGCCUGGGUCCUCUUCUGCUCUGGGAGGGGAGUGGGGGCUGGUGGGUUUCCAGCGCCCUCUGAGGUUCAAUAGAAAUUUCUCUCCCCAUGCUGGGCUGGAUCUCCUGCCCCAGCCCCCAUUUCUCCUCCCCACCCCACUGGUCACCCCCAAUCCCUGCCCUAUAGCGCCAGGCACGAUACACUGAGCUGAAGUGACUCACUCCCGCCACCAGGGGAGAUCGCCAGCGCUAUCCCUCUCUAUGGCCUUUUCCUGCUGUAGGGAGCGUGGCUCGGCCUCUCUCUGCACCGGCCCAUAGCGCUCUAUGGUUCGUCAAUUGUCGGUCGAGAGGCCGAGGACCCCAGCUGGGGCUG